GUUUUACUUGCUUACAUUCGUAUUACCUUUCUUUCUGGUUUUAGCCAGACUUCAGGUGGCUUGUUCCCCGUUGAACCAUCGUGAGGAAGUAUUACGAUGACGUCCAAAGUAUCGCGUGAUACUCUUUAUGAAUGCGUGAAUGCUGUUCUCCAACAUUCGCAAGACAAGAAAAGGAAAUUCUUGGAAACAGUGGAACUUCAAAUUGGCUUGAAGAACUAUGAUCCACAAAAGGAUAAACGUUUCUCAGGCACUGUCAAGUUAAAAAAUAUUCCAAGACCAAAGAUGCAAGUUUGUGUUUUGGGAGAUCAACAGCAUUGUGAUGAAGCUAAAGCUAAUAAUAUUCCAUAUAUGGAUGCAGAAGCAUUGAAAAAAUUAAAUAAGAACAAGAAACUUGUAAAGAAACUAGCUAAAAAAUAUGAUGCCUUCUUAGCUAGUGAAUCCUUGAUUAAACAAAUUCCACGUAUUCUUGGUCCUGGUCUCAACAAGGCUGGCAAAUUCCCUGGUCUUCUCUCUCAUCAAGAAUCAAUGGUAGGAAAAAUUGAUGAGGUGAAAGCUACAAUUAAAUUCCAAAUGAAGAAGGUAUUAUGUCUAUCAGUGGCUGUAGGACACGUGGAAAUGACACCAGAUGAAUUGGUACAAAAUGUACAUCUUUCGAUUAAUUUCUUGGUUUCAUUAUUAAAAAAACAUUGGCAAAAUGUGCGUUCUCUCCAUAUUAAAUCUUCUAUGGGACCUCCUCAAAGAUUAUACUAAUUCAAUUAAUACAAGUAUCAUUGUACGAUGAAAAAAAUAAAACAGAAGUAAAAAUUUAAUA